AUGAGGUCUGAUCCGAACACCAGGAAAUCCGUUGCUCUCUGCAAAUUCCACCAAGAUUACGGACACAAAAUAGAAGAUUGCAUUUCCCUACGGCUAGAGGUAGCAAACUUGCUACAGCAAGGGCACCUCAAAAAACUACUCAGCGACAAAGGCAAGAACACCUUAGCAAGGGGUCGAGAACGUCCAGGCCCGCCAAAAGCACCUUCACCAGUUCGUACCAUAAAUAUAAUUACUGGUGGCAGCGAUAAUGCCUCCAUCAACGACUUCAAGUUCACCUCCAUCCACAUGCUCAAAAUAUUGAUCACCCACGAAUGGUAUGAAGGACUCAAAGAAAGUAUCAUCUUUGACGAGUUAGAUGCCGAUGGGUUGACUUUCCCUCACAAUGAUGCACUUGUUUUUAAUUUACAAAUUUUAGAUACUGAUGUUAAGGGAAUCAUAGUAGAUGACAAAAGUGGAGCGUGCAUCAUCCACCCUCGAGUCCUCGCAUAA